AUGAAGGUCUCGCAACUGUUUCAAGCGGCAGUGACAGCCGUAGCGGCGGACAUUGUGAUGUCUCAACAGGGCAACAGUGACCAAGUAGCAACUGUACACGCUGCUCGAGAACAAAUCCAGGGUGGCAACUAUCACGCUCCGUUUUCGACUGAUGCGCCUUCCAAUCUCUUCCAGCGCCGCGAUACUCUGACCACCUUGGCACCGAUCAUCAACGUGGCUUCCGACUUGCUGACGCGGCCGUUGCCCACGAACAAGUGGUGGGGAAACCUCAUUCACACCACCCCAAAAGACAUCAAUACGGUGGCUAACCCGGCGUGGUCGAACCCGUACGCACUCAAGUUGCCCAAGCAAGCACCUUAUGGCCUUCAAGUUUGCUACUCGUACUCGUAUCGUAGCAUGGCCAACGAGGUUGACGGUGUCGUCAAGUACUACCUGCACGGAUUCCACAACGAUGUCACGCUUUCGGCAACAGAGUUCAUGUCGACCAAACCCGACUAUGAAAUCUACUCGUUCAGCGAUAUGGGCGUCAGCGUUCGCACCUGUGUGUCGGGCAGUGACAGCUGCAUGGACUCGGCUCUUGUCAACGGCAUGGCUUUCGUGUCGGCUACGUACUCCGGUCUCACCGCGAGCAUCAAUUCCGAGCACACCAUGACCAUGAUGGAUAGCUCAACGCCUGGCAAGUAUAUCAUUCAGUUGCCGAACAAGCAGACGUGGGUGGUCUACUCCAGCGAUACUAGCGCAUCCUUUUCAAUUGAUACUACGGGAUCGGCAUUGGUGGCUAGUGCGGCUUACACCGGUACGCUUCGUGUGGCAAUCAUUCCUGACAGCGGCGACCAGAACGUAUACGAUGACUACUCAUCCUGCAUCAUCCGUGGAGGCAACUUCCUCAUGGAGUCUCGCACCACCUAUUCGUUCCAGUGGGAAACUGAGGGCGCCGGAUGCAACAGCACGGGGCUUCUUCACUUCGCCCUUCCCCACCAAGUGGAAGCGAUGAAAGACGCCAUCACUGCCCAGUCCGCCGGAGCCAUUGUCGUGCACUCGACAACGCACGGUCAGAUGGUUGGUCAAGUGACUACGUCUUCGAGCUGGACUUUGACUGAGGACGAAGCGGGCGACGAGGUGGACUUCUACCCGGCCAACAAGCCGUCAGCUGAGAUGGUCUCGCAGAUUAAUCUUCUGUCCACACUGAAGAGUGAUAUCGACAGCGACUGGAACCUCAAUACCGGUAGCUGGUACUUCAACGGCAAGGCGUAUCAAAAGUACGCGUCACUUUGCUUGAUGGCCGCUGACAGCUCUAUCGUGGGCGAUGACACAACUUUGCUGAGCAGUUGUCUGUCGAAGCUAGAGAGAUUGAUCGAGCCGUUCCUGAGUAACACGCUGGGCUCACCUCUUGUCUACGAGACCGCCUACAAGGGCAUCGUGACCAGCCAGGUUUUUGCUGCCAAUGACGUUAAUGUUGAGUUCGGCAACGGUAUCUAUAACGACCACCACUAUCAUUAUGGCUACUGGGUGACAGCAUCGGCGAUUCUGAAGAAGCUGGACCCGUCAUGGUCGGGCAUGGCACAGCUUGAGACCAUGGUGUGGACGAUGCUGCGUGACGUCGCCAACCCAAGCGCUGAUGACACGUACUUCCCCAAGUUCCGCCACUUUUCUUGGUAUCUGGGCCAUUCAUACUCGCACGGUGUGACACCUAUGGGUGACGGCAAGGACCAGGAAAGCUCAUCAGAGGACGUGAACUUUAGCUACGGUAUGAUGCUGUGGGGCAAGGUGACGGGAAACAAGGCUGUUGAAGACCUGGGUAGCAUCAUGCUACGCCUGAACGCUCGUGCCGUGCGCACCUACUUCCUCAUGACGUCAGACAACACGAUUCACCCGCCCCAGUUCGUACGCAACCACGUCACGGGAAUCUUCUUCGACAACAAGGCGGACUACGCGACUUGGUUCAGCGCCGAGAAGUACUGCAUCCACGGCAUUCAAAUGAUCCCGGUGUCGCCCAUCAACGGGCUUGUCCGCACGGCAACGUUUGUCCAGCAAGAAUGGGACGACAUUCUAUCGAAGGAGGCGAUUGUUACGGGUGCUGACACCACGAACCCCUGGCUGUCUUUGUUGCUUGUGAACGAGGCCGUCAUAAACCAAGCCGAUGCACUGACGAAGCUGGCAACGGCUACUAUGGACGACGGUCUCUCCCGCUCUUGGGCCUUGUACAAUGCGGCCUCUCGUGGCGGACUGAGCUCGAGCAGUAGUACCACCGUUGCCACGGUAGCGCCACGCACCACAACCUCUUCUCCGAUCGUCACCACCGCACCACCUGAGGCAACUACCGUUACGACAGCCAGCGCUACGGCAGCUGACUCAGUUGCUACCACAACUACUUUUCCCAUCACAAUGGCUGGAAAUGGUGCAACAACUGACACUGCUACCGUUCGCUCUGUCAAGAGGAAUUACUCUUGA